GCAACCUGGGCAACCUGAUCAGGAGACAAGGCCACCACUCCAAGUCGAGGAACAAACGCUGACCGUGACGAGAAGCGAGAUGCAGAGAAUGAUCGCGGAGGCAGUAGCGGCCCAACUCAAACAGACGCCAGUCGAGCAACCAAGGGUCGAACGGCCCAGGAUCGAACAAGCAAGGGUCGAGCAGCCUCAAAAUCAGCAGCAACCCCUUGAGCGCGAGCAACAGGCGCAAUCACAUGAGAGGCAGAACAGGAGGGUAGAUGAAGAAGAGUCCUCUGUCAGAACUGUUAAUCCACAAGCCAGAAACGAUACCCUGGAGCAGCUGUUAGCGCAGGUGCGAGACUUGCAGGCUCGA